AUGGAGCUCAACAACAUAAUUUUUCCAUCCCCAAAACCUUCCUAUGACAAUUCUACAUUUCGAGGAGAAACAAUUUGAAUCCCCCGUGCCUCAAACCCAUUAAAUCAUCCAAUUCCUUGCAUCUAUCUCCCAUGCAACAGGGGCUCCAGCAAAGUCCUUUUAUAUUUUCACGGGAAUGCCGAAGAUUUAGGCCUAUGCUACCACCUUAUUGAACAUUUACGGUCAACACUGAGUGUCCAUGUUAUCGGGGUUGAGUACCCAGGAUAUGGGAUUUACCCUGGAAAAUGUAGUGCAAAACAAGUCCUUAUAGACGCAGACGAUAUUUUUCAAUAUUUAGUCCAAGAAAUGCAUAUAAAUACACGUGACAUUAUAGUAUUUGGAAGAUCAAUUGGGUCAGGCCCUGCAACUUGGCUUGCUGCCAAUAGAAACCCAGGCGCUUUACUGCUGAUGUCGGCUUAUACAUCAAUUAAAGCAGCUGUCAAAAAAAUAGCUGGAAGGCUUGCUAUGAAAUUUGUAAAAGAAAGAUUUAAAAACAUCGAUCUAAUGCCCAAAAUCACCUGCCCUACCUUCCUUAUUCACGGUCAAAAAGACAAUCUCAUCGCAUGAGAAAACUCACAGCAGCUCCAUGACCUUUGCCCUGGGCCAUGCUGUUUGCUCUUGCCUAAAGAAAUGACACACAAUGAAUUUGAUUUUUUUGAUGAUUUAUCGUUACCUUUUGCAGCGUUUUUAAUGCAGUGUGGGAUUUCAGUUAAUCCCGGGGCAAAAGGAGACAGCAUGCUGAGGUUUCCAGAGAGCUUGUAUAUUAGACCUGAGAAUGGAGAAAACAAAAAGAAGGGGAGGUGGAAUCGGUUCCUUCAGAGGUUUGCAUAA